UUGCAUCCCUGGUGUAAACUAAACAUUGUUAUUGCCUUGCAUUAAUUAAUGCAAAAUGGAAGAAAAUGAGAGCACUUCAGAAGCCACAAAUAAUGUCGCAAACGGGGAUGGUGACGCGACAUACCAGCAUAAAUUGGAGCUACUCCAAGCGGAGAUGCGCAAAAUGCAAAACGAGUUUAAUACGCAGCGAGCAAAAAUGAAAGAGCUCUACAUGCAGAAGGAGUCGGAGCGCAAGAUGCUGCAGGACGAAAUGGAUGAGUUAAGAACACACCUUAUGGUGGCUGACCUCAAGGCGCAAAACGAACUGCAGAUGAAGGAUAUGAAGGCACAAGAGGAAAUAUCAUCACUGCAGCAGCUGGUGCAGGACACAAUCGAAGAAUCGACGAUAUACAAGGAUGAAUUGGAGCGCAUCAAAGUGGAUCAGUUGCGCCAACAACAACAACAACUACAACAGCCGCAACAGCAAUUGCAGCACACGGCUCCCCAGGCCCCCGAGCAAUAUGGCGGCCUGGCGCCACAUGUAAUGAAUCAGGUGAAGAAAACUCUGGUAUCCGUACGGAAACUGGGCAGUGAUUCCCUUAACAACAGUAUGCAACAGGAGGCUGCCGAGGGCAGCAAUGCGCGUGGUGCAAACAAGAACAACAGCAAGCAAUUUGCCACAGAAGAUGACGACAUGCUGAGCUCAAUCGUUGAGCAACUGCAGGAAGAAAUGAAAGCGCUAAAGGAGAAAUUGCGCCAACAGGACGAACAGCUGCAGGCCAAAUCGCUUAAGAUAGUGAGCGAGGAGGCGCCGGGAUCAAAUAGGAAUGAUGCUAUGCACAAGUCAACGUCAACAGAUUUACUAGCUGCCAAUAAUUGUAGUGCCUGCAAGGCGAGCGAACAGCUCACGGAUGAGCUGAGUGCACAAGUGAAACAACAGCAGAAGCAGUUGGAUGCGGUUCAGAAGCAACUUGUUGAAUCCCGCGAACAAUUGAGCAAGGAGGCAGCGUUGCGAAAUGAUUUGGAGAGUCAGUGGCAAGCGAAGCGUGAGGCACACAAGAGCGAAGUACAAAACCUGCGCGAGCAAUACAAAAACAACGAACAACAACUUCUAAAUAUGCAACAAAAGUUUCUCGAGACCAAGGAGGAUGUCCUGCGUCAAUUGCAACGUGUCACCGAUGACCGUGAGCGAGUCAAUCAGCAGCUGGAGACGCUACAGGCGGACAAUGAUUUUCUAUCGGGUCGCUUUCUCGCCACCUCCGAAGAGAUUGAGAAUCAAUACAUCAAUCUACCCAAUACGGUUGUGGAGCUACAGGAACUAAUGCUGCGACAGCAGAGCGAAUUAAUCCAGGCCCGUGUGAGCAGCGAGUACGAGAAACAAAAGUGUGUGACUUCUUUGGAUGAGAUUCAAAUAUUGCGCGCUCAGCUGGAUGAGAGCAACAGUGAGAGACGCGCCUACAAGCGCAAAGUGCAAUUAGAUAUUAAGUCGCUGCAGGAUCGCGUCACGGAGCAUCUGGUUGCCGUGCAAUCGCAUGAGUCAGCUAAAACAUUAUUGGAGCGCAAGGAGGCUGAGCUUAACAAACAGCUAUCCGAGUGUCGUGUUGAGAUUAUAGAACUACAGGAAGGCAACGAAAAAUUGUCGAAAAUAAAUUCAGAUUUUAAGUCUAAGAUAAAGACGCUUCAGGAGGAGCUGUCCACAAUGGAAACGGUGCAAAAAGAUUUUGUCAAAUUAUCACAAACGCUUCAGAUGACCCUGGAGGAGCUGCGGCAUGCCGACACUGAGGUGCGCUGGCAGGACGACGAUGAUAUAAACAAUUGUCCCACAUGUAAUGCGGGCUUCACUGUGAUGGUGAGGAAGAUCCAUUGCCGCCACUGCGGCCACAUCUACUGCGAUAAAUGUCUAACGAAAACGGUGCCAUCGGGGCCACGUAAACGUGUCGCCCGCGUCUGUGAUAUCUGUCACACAUUGCUCACGCCAAACACCGCUCCCUAUUUUAGUCAUGAGCCACAGCCACAGCAACAGCACCAACAACAGCAGCAGCAGCAACAACAGCAGCAGCAGCAACAACAACAACAGCAAACCAAUUAAUUGGGAAUUCGCUUCUGCUUUUGGCAAAUAAUUAUUGUUUAUUUACUGUGUACUAUAAUUCUUCGAUUUGUUUUUUUUGGUGUUUCUUUUCGUGGAAUUUUGAAUUCUACAUUGUAGUUUCUUGGAACCACAUUGAACCGAGUCAUAUCCAGUCACAGCUCAGUCCUCUAGCUAUAAACAUAUUCUCCUUCUUAGCUUUUUUUUGUUGUUAGUUAAGUUUUCCAUUAUUGAAUUAGCAGUCAAAAUAUAAAAAUAAAAAACACUAUGUACACGCGAAGCUUGUGCUGCUCAUAUUACAUUGAAUUACUUAAACCAAUUCCGCCUGCAAAGUUGAAAAGUAUAUUAUUGUAAUUGUAAUUGUAAUUAUAUAUUUCGAAUUACACACAACAAGAAAACAGGACUUCAUGCAACAAA